CGACGACUCCAAGCUAUACCAGAGCUCCCUUCAGCCUUCCCUACGCAGCUCACUCUCUCCACUCUCCAUGGCUCCUGCGCUCGUCCAAACCGUCGUGAAACCAGUCGAGAUCGCCAAACCUGCCACCUUGCCGACCCGGGCGUAUGUUACCUUUUUGGCUGGAAAUGGCGAUUACGUGAAAGGCAUCGUGGGGUUAGCCAAGGGGUUGAGAAGGGUCAAAACCGCAUACCCAUUAGUGGUUGCGGUUUUGCCCGACGUACCGGAGGAGCAUAGACGGAUCCUUGAGAACCAGGGGUGUAUUGUCCGUGAGAUCGAACCUGUUUACCCGCCCGAGAACCAAACCCAGUUCGCCAUGGCUUAUUACGUUAUCAACUAUUCCAAGCUCCGUAUCUGGGAGUUUGUGGAGUAUGGUAAAAUGAUAUACUUGGAUGGAGAUAUUCAAGUGUAUGACAACAUCGAUCACCUGUUUGAUCUUCCCGGUGGGUAUUUCUACGCCGUGAUGGAUUGUUUCUGUGAGAAAACAUGGAGCCACACCCCACAGUACAAGAUCGGGUACUGCCAACAGUGUCCAGACAAAGUUCAGUGGCCGGUGGAAAUGGGUCAGCCCCCAGCUCUCUACUUCAACGCCGGUAUGUUCGUUUUCGAGCCUAACCUUGCAACAUACGAUGACCUCCUCAACACUCUCAAAGUCACCACUCCUACCCCAUUUGCUGAACAGGACUUUUUGAACAUGUUCUUCAAGGACAUUUACAAGCCCAUUCCGAAUGUUUACAACCUUGUACUGGCCAUGUUAUGGCGUCAUCCGGAGAAUGUGGAGCUGGACAAAGUGAAAGUUGUUCACUACUGCGCAGCGGGAUCGAAGCCCUGGAGGUAUACAGGGAGGGAAGAGAGUAUGCAAAGAGAAGACAUCAAGAUGCUUGUCAAGAAAUGGUGGAACAUUUACAACGACGAAUCACUGGAUUACAAGAAGCCAGUCGUGGCGGAGGCCGGUGAUGCCGAGCCAGUGAACUUGCAGUCCUUCAUAGCGGCUCUCUCGGAAGCUGGUGCAGUCAGUUAUGUGACUACCCCAUCAGCUGCGUGAAGUGCCAUCAGCGGCAUCUUUCUCCGAGUGAAGAUCAAAAUUAAGGACUACGAUUAAUUGUAGGUACAAAAGGAAAGAGAGUCAAAAUGGAAAUUUCCUUCUACCUUAAGCUAGAAGUUUAGUAGGAUUUUCCUUUCGCUUUUCCCUACUUCUGUGGGGUCUUGGUUGGGCUUGUCUGUCUAUAGUGUGUGCUUUAGUGCGUAUUGUGAACGGAUACGUCUGCAGAAAUCGGCCAUUGUAAUCUUUAUUUAUUUAUUUGUUAUUGUUGAAGGGAAGAUUCGAAUCUUAUAUUUUUAAAUUAUAAUAUAAAAAAAAAUUUAUAGG